UCAAAUUUCCCGCCGUCGCGGUUUCGGUCGCGCGGCGGCGGCCAUUUUGCUAACCCGAGAUGUGGAAGUGCAGAUACGUGUUACCAUCGAAGAAAAAGUACACAGUGUCGGCCGUGGGAGGACGCUGAUAGGCGGUCCCCGGGAGAGAGAAAAGGAGAGCGAAAGAGAGAGAGAGAUAGAACUAUCGAAGAAGAGACACUGAACCGUGGGAAAAGCGCGACGAGCGAGUGAGAGAGAGAGAGAGAGAGAGAGAUAACGAACAAGCGGCGCAUGCCGUAGCCACGGCCCCCGACUCGCUCUAAACUCGUGCAGCCUGUCGCUGUCGGUCGAAUUUUAAUGGCGGCUCGUUCCGAUUCUCUCUCUUCAACAGUGUUAUCAUAAACCGACGUCGUUUCUAUCCCUUUAUAUGUUACCAAACGGAAUAUCGGAGAGUUCCAGUGAAUCGUCGGCGUGUCUAUUCCGUGGUCCGAGGACUCGCGUCGAGGCUCUCGUCAAGGACAUGGUGCAUAUCCGCGAUGUGUCGUAGCGACCCUCGCGUACGAACAUUCCAUCGCGCGGUCGUGUUGUACGGUUUGCCUUUUACGCGGAGGGGGCGAUCGUAGACGAGCAAGGGGUGUCUAGUUUGGUUUCGAGCCGAUAUACGGUGUUAUCGAUGCUGACGCGAGUCCGCGGUGGAAACUAACGAGAGCCGCGCGGGGCCGACCGAUGAUCGUAUCGGAACGAACGAAUCGAACCUGCGAGCUUUUUUCAUCCCGGAGGCGAUUAUCGACGGGGACCGGAAUAUCCUUGCCUUUGUGCGAAGACACUGGCCUUAGCUGUCAAGUGCAGCUAUGCUGCUCGCACUAAUGAAGGGCGGUGCGUGCAACGGUGUUACUCGAAAAGUGUGGAGCCAUCUGCCCUAGCCUGACACGUCGUCGUCGGGAUGUUUUAGUACCGAAAUCGAGGUACCAGGCAAUGAGCAUCAUGUCGGUGCCUGGACACGUAUACAGCUGGUAGUACCGAUUGGAUACUGGCUUUCCACCAGCGGGACUCAGACCCUUGUUAUACCUUCUACGCUUCCUACCCUAGACUCGUACACGCACAAACGCGCACGCAUAGCGUGUGCGCAUGUGCUUUGUCAACUCUCGCCUGCACAACAUGAGAUUCUUGGGAUUUGAAUCAUUUCCCACUUCGCCCGCUGUGUCGUCGUCUCCUAAGCUGCCACUGCCGUCCCAGCGCGUAUCCCUUUCAUCCAUGUCUGUUGCCACCUGGUUCUUGGUGGUAUUGGUAACUGCAGCCAUAGAUACGCCAACUAGUACCGCUCCACCUGUGCCAGAAAACAGAUCUCAGCACGUAGUAACACAGUUUCCUGCGGGGGAUGGCCAACGAUAUGGAUUUUAUCCUCUAGAUCCUAAUACAACGAGAGAAGGUGCCCUCCGAUUCAAUCACCUCACCAUAGACCCUGUUACGGGACGAUUGUACGCAGGUGCCAUCAACAGACUUUUACAGUUGGAUUCUAACCUCGGACUGGAAGAAUAUGUUUCUACAGGACCAAGACUGGAUAAUCCUCAGUGUCACGCGACAGGCUGUUCCAGAGACAUAGCAACGUCUCUCAUGGACAAUGUAAACAAACUACUGGUCGCCGACCUCGAAUCACAAACGUUGAUCGCUUGUGGCUCUCUCCUCCAAGGUGCUUGCGAAAAGUACAAAAUGUCGAAUAUAUCCAUCAAGCCGGAAUUCAUUCCCUACAGCAUAGCAGCCAACGACGAAAAUUCCUCGACGUACGCGUUCAUAGGACCCGAAAGAUACAACGCAUGGGGACAAACGAAUAUUUUGUACGUCGGCACCACGUUCACCAACAGGGGAGAGUACAGGCACGACGUGCCGGCCAUUUCCAGCAGAAAUCUUCACAAUUUAAAAGUCGCCGAAUACAUGUUCAACAAACAGCCGGUCGUGUACAUCGACGUGAAGUAUCGGGAUCACUUUCUGGUGAAAUACGUGUACGGUUUCAACGCGAACGACUACGCGUAUUUCGUGCUGGUGCAGAAGCAAUCCUAUCUCCCCGAACAAGAGGAAUUGGGUUACACAUCGAGAUUGGCUAGAAGUUGCAUAAGCGACCCGAAUUACGACAGUUACACGGAAGUGACGCUGCAAUGCACCAUCGACACGGGAGACGGAAAGCAACAUUCUUAUAAUUUAGUGCAAGACGCGAAAGUAGCGCCCGCUGGAAGCGACAUAGCGAUGCAACUCGGUAUCUCCGUCGGCGAUCCCAUCUUCGUCACCGUGUUCUCGCCGAGUAGAGGCAUCACGAACGAGCCGCUGAACCGCUCCGCGGUCUGCGUGUACAGUUUACAAGACAUCGAAACAAAGUUUAACGAAAAUAUUCACAUGUGUUUUAACGGUAGCACCAAGUAUAGAAACAUGGGCUACGUCAGCGGUCCUAUACAAGACGGAAAGUGUCCCACAGCAGGAGUAAGUCUAAAGUCUGACAUAUUUUCUCAUACGACAGGCAACAUUUUGAACUUCUGCGAGGUUGGCUUGAAGAUCUCCGGAAUGUCGCCCAUCGUUGGACAAGCGAUUUUACACUUUCCCGACGAGUUCGUCACCUCCGUAACGAUAGCCAACACCGAGAGUCAUACCGUGGCGUUUCUGGGAACCAACGACGGGGUCCUCAAGAAAGUUUUGCUCUCCGGAACCGAAGCGUUCGUGUACGAGAGCAUCGUGAUCGACGAAGGGAACCGAUUGAUGCCCGACAGUCUAAUUUCACCGGACGGGGAGUACAUUUACGUUUUGUCGAAUUCGAAAAUUUCCAAAGUUCAGGUCGAGCAUUGCAGCAGCUACACGAACUGCAGCAGUUGCCUCGACGCGAAGGACCCUUAUUGCGGAUGGUGUUCGUUGGAGAAAAGAUGUACGGUCAGAGGCGACUGUCAAAAGGCGAGUCACAGCAGUCCAAGAUGGCUGUCUCUGGGCACGGGUCAGCAGUGCAUCGACUUCGAGCAAGUUCUUCCGGAUCGUAUGCCUAUCAACCAGAUGACCACGGUCCAUUUGACGAUCAGAACUCUGCCCGAAUUACCAGCCGGCGCUAAUUACAAAUGCGUUUUCGGCAACGCGGAGCCCAUAGACGCGUUAAUGACCGGCUUCGGGUUGUCGUGUCCCACGCCGCCCGUUUCAGAGAGGUCCGGUAUACCGGAAGGCGCCGACCACGUUCUCGUACCGCUCUCCGUUCGCUCCAGCGAAACCAACAAGGACUUCGUUUCGCGAAACUUUGCGUUCUUCGAUUGCUCCAGGCACACCGUGUGCACGGAGUGCGUGAAAUCGCAGUGGGCGUGCAGCUGGUGCGUUUACGACAACAAAUGCACGCACAACACGAGCUGCCAGGGUAUUAUUUCCGGAGAAAACGUGAGUAAUCAAGCGAGCCUGGCCGCGCACGGAGCCCAGUAUUGUCCGAGGUUCGUCCAGCGAAACGAGCCGCUGAUGUUGCCGAACAGCGUGCCGAAGGAGAUAGUGCUGGAAGUGGAGAACCUACCGCAUCCUCAAGUGGGUCACAGCGGUUUCCAAUGCAUCGUGACGAUCGAGGGGGCGAACCUGAAGGUCCAAGCCCGCGUGGACAGCAGCCGGUUGAUCGUCUGCGACAAGACGGUGUACUCGUACGAGGCGGUGACGGGCGAAUACGAAGCGGAGGUGACCGUCGUCUGGAACGCCAAUCACCACGUCGACAAGACCACCAUCAUCCUGUACAAGUGCGAGGUGUUGGGUUCCCAUCGCGAGCACGCCGACUGUUCGCUCUGCGUGACGAGGGACGCGCGUUUCGAAUGUACCUGGUGCGGCAAUAGUUGCGUGUAUCGACACUCCUGCUUGCACUCGCCGUUCACCGAAUGCCCGAAGCCUAGAAUAGACAUGAUAAAGCCUCUGAGUGGACCGAUCGAAGGCGGAACGCUGGUGACCAUCGAGGGGAGCAAUUUAGGAUUGAAGGAGACCGACGUGGGUGGAAAGAUCCACAUCGGCAAGACUCCGUGCACUCUGGUCGACUACGAGGUGUCCGUCCGCAUCGUCUGCCGCACCGGACGCCACGAAGCCACCGACACGGCCUCCGUCGUGGUCGGCAACGACGCCGGUUACACGGAGAGCGCCGUUCUGUUCAAUUACAAAGACAUACGGCUGUCUGGCGUGUAUCCGUCGGUCGGUCCUCAGAGCGGUGGCACGCAGCUCGCCAUCACCGGUAUGUUCCUGAACAUCGGUAGCACCAUCUCGGCUUACUUGGACGAGCUACCGUGCCACGUGAACGCCACUCAAGCCAGCAGCACCAGGCUGACUUGCGUCACGAGCAAAUCCGACCGAGAGAGGAGAAUCGAAAGACUGACUCUCAGCAUAGACGGGGCGAAUCGCACGUUAGUUGGAAACCCAUACAAUUACACCCUCGACCCCACCAUUAUGGAGAUCAAGCCACUGACUAGCUUCGCUUCCGGUGGUCGCAUGAUCACCGUCCACGGCACCAACUUGGACACUAUUCAGAAACCGGAGAUGGAGGUUUACUUCGACAACGAACCGCUACCCAUCAAUAGAACCGUCUGUACUGUAUUAAAUCCCACGCAGAUGGAGUGCCCGAGUCCAAGCGUCGCCAAGCGGUUCACGACGCUUAGACGCAACGAGCGCGCAGUCGGCAGCCAGAGCACACCGGCGCAAUCGCUGAAACUGAAGGACUCCCAGUUGUCUCUGAAGAUAGCGUUCAUCAUGGACAACGUGGAGAGCGUGAGGGACUUGGAGAAGCACUUUCAGAGCCUCAGGAACCGUCUGCUGUACGUCGAGGAUCCCAAGUUCUUCGCGUUCCCGCAGAACAUUAAGCUGUACAAAGGCGACACGUUGGUCAUCGAGGGAGAGAAUUUAAUUUACGCCAGCGACGAGUCCGACGUGAACGUCACCGUAGGCUCGAUGCCUUGCAACGUCACUUCUCUAGCUUCCACCCAGCUGGUGUGCAUCCCUCCCGAGCAACAGCCCGCCGACACGGAUGAGCUCGGGAUCAAAACGGAGAACGGGUUGCCUUUGGUCGUGGUGCGGGUGGGCAGGAGCCUCCGGUUUCCGAUCGGCUACCUGCGUUACGAGGUGAUCAAGUCUUAUCCGAUCCCGCCGGAAGCGAUCGGCGGUAUCGCCGCUGGCACGUUCGGUCUCGUGCUUUUGUUUGUUUUGGUAUUAGUUAUUUAUAGGAGAAAGAGCACGCAAGCCGAGAGGGAGUACAAACGUAUCCAGAUACAGAUGGACACGCUCGAGAGCAACGUCAGGAUGGAAUGCAAACAAGCGUUCGCUGAACUUCAAACCGACAUGACGGACCUUACGGCGGACCUGGAGUCUUCCGGUAUUCCCACCCUCGAUCACAAGAACUACAUCAUGAAAGUAUUCUUUCCCGGUGUUACCCAUCAUCCGAUAUUAAACGACCCUAGGUCGCGCAGCAACGUCUCUCGCACCAACUACGACGCGGCCAUGAUCCAGUUCGAGCAGCUGAUCAAUAACAAAUAUUUCGUGUUGACGUUCAUCGAGACCCUGGAGGCUCAGAAAGACUUCAACAUCAGGGACAAAGUGAACGUCGCGUCGCUGCUGAUGGUGGUUCUGAUGGGCAAGAUGGAGUACGCUACCGACAUACUCAUGAAUCUUUUGCUUAGACUGAUCGAGAAAGCGGUGAACACGAAGCACCCGCAGCUGAUGCUGAGGAGGACGGAGUCCGUGGUGGAGAAGAUGCUUACCAAUUGGAUGGCGCUGUGCAUGUACAAUUACUUAAAAGACUACGCCGGUUCCUCUCUAUUUUUACUGUUCAAGGCGAUCAAGCACCAGAUAGAAAAGGGCCCCGUGGACGUGAUCACGCACGACGCGAGAUACUCGCUGUCCGAGGAGAGGCUGCUGAGAGAGCAGAUCGAGCACAGCGUCGUCACCUUACACGUCGUCCAGGACGAUCUCGACGAGAAGAUACAGUGCAAGGUGUUGGACUGCGACACUAUAAAUCAAGUAAAGUCGAAGAUCCUGGACUCCCUCUACAAGAACACUCCUUUCUCGCUGAGGCCGUCCGUUCACGACGUAGAUCUGGAAUGGAGGCACGGCAGAGGCGGUCACUUGACGCUACAGGACGAGGAUCUCACCACCAAGUGCAGCGGGGAAUGGAAGAAGAUAAACACGUUGGCGCACUACGGCGUGAAGGAGUCCGCGGUGAUGUCGUUGAUCCCUAGACAGAACGACGGUUUCUCCGUGGCGUGCAAGCCGCCCUGUCACAACUGCAAACCGUCGCAUUAUCAUCAUCAACAGCAGUCGCUUCACCAUCACUCCCACCACCAUCACCUCCAUCGGCACGCGAAUCAUUGUUCGUCCACGCAUCUUCCAUCCACCCCCAAUCACAAUUUAAUCAGUCCUGUAAUGUACAAUCACCCCGUAAGCGGUUUGUAUUUCGAGUCGCAACACUCGCCGCCGAUCAUAACGGCCAACGGCGACGUUGAGAGCGGCCACGGCGGCAACCAACGGUUAUAUCAUUUAGUAAGGCCUAUAGAAGAGAGCCACUACCCGCCCGGUAUGGGUUUCACCGGCAGCAAACACCACCACCCGGAACGAACGCACAAAGCCAUACCCGAGAUAUUUUUAACGAGACUGCUGUCGACGAAGGGCACCGUUCAGAAAUUCGUCGACGACUUCUUGAACACGAUACUGACGGCGAACGAGGCGCUACCCAGCGCCGUCAAGUGGCUGUUCGACCUCCUGGACGACGCCGCCAAGCAACACGGGAUCGUCGACCCCGAAGUGGCUCACGCGUGGAAGUCGAACAGCCUGCCGCUCAGAUUCUGGGUGAACUUUAUCAAAAAUCCAGACUUCAUGUUCGAUAUCAACAAAUCAACGACGGUCGACUCGAGCCUCUCCGUGAUCGCGCAAACGUUCAUGGACUCUUGCUCGAUGACGGAGCACAGGCUGGGAAAGGACUCGCCCUCCAACAAGUUGCUCUUCGCUAAAGACAUACCCCACUAUCGAGAGAAAGUCGGUCGCUUUUACACGGAUGUACAGAGACUGCCGCAAAUCACCGACCAGGAAAUGUCUAGCGCCAUGCAACAGUUGAGUGCGUCGCACGCGAACGAGUUCGACGUGAUCGCGGCACUCAAGGAACUUUACAUCUACGUCAGCAAGUAUUACGAACAAAUUCUCGAGGCCUUGGAGACAGACGCGGGCUGUCGCAAAUUACACCUAGCCCACAGGCUAGAAAACGUAGCGUGCACGCUCGAGGGCGAAGAAACCAGUGCCUGCUGACACAACCUCCUCGUCGCCAUCCCAGGACCCGUCAAUCUCUCCAGAAACACUGACUAGUGCCUCCACUUCAUGCAUCAGAUACACCUCGUUACAUAUGUACAAAUCUACACACCAUGUGAAUAACAAUGCCGUAAAUACGCGCGAUUUCGUUAAGGCUAGUCAGGCGAUAGUUUUACAGGAUCAAUCAGUCCUGGUGUAGCGUUUUUGCGUCUCUAUGUCAUGGCCGUAUCGAAAUACGCUCGUGCACACGUACAGAUAUCAGCGAACAGCAAAUAGACGCGACUCUAACCCUUAAACCUCUUUUUAUUAGUAUUCGUAAUAUUCGUUUAUUUUAGUAUAUACAUUUAUGUGUAUAUAUAUAUAUUUGUAUUGAAUUGCAAAGAAGCGACGAAAGGAAGAGAAUACUUGAUUGUUUCUUGGAAAAUCGAAGGAAUCGUGUUUCCUUUAGCCAAGUAUUUAUCGCGCGCACGUUUAAGGAUUCGAGAAUGCAAAUUCUUCUUACUUCUUAUUAUUUAAAAUGUAAAAGAGAAACGAUAAAGUGAAUUCGAUUUUUUGUUGGCCGAAUGUCUCUACGUGUAUACGUAAAUACGGAACACAUACAUAACGUAAAAAAAAGAAGAAAAAAAAAAGAGGAAAGAUAACGUGCGUAAAAGUAAGUGAGAAAGCCAUAGUGUCCACCAGACUGUUUGUACGAAAGCGUACGGCAGCGAGUAGUCUGUGAUCCGAGCACGAGUGGCUAUGCCUACUAUCUUCAUUACGAUAUAUAAUUAUUAAUAUGUUAUAUAUUAUAUAUAUAUAUACAUAAAAAAUAUAUAUAAAGCAAAGAUCACGCAACAUACACCUCCACGGAUUGUAGUGAGCUAGUUAGAGAGGGUCUAUAUAUGUAUUAUAAGUUGGGGUGAAAGAACCCUUUCAGAGAGAAUAAGAGAUAAUAUUAAAUUAAGGCAAUUAAAGUAACGUUAAACAAAGGAAAGAAUUGAGGAAUUAAGAAUUACGAGAGCAGUUCGGACUACUCUAGGCCUAUCUACGUAUGUUCGGUACGUAAAACAAAAAGAAAAAGAAAGAAACAAAUUACCGAUUCAGUACGUUUGUCCUUUUUCUUUUUCUUUUUUUUUUCUUUUUUAGUCUAUUUCUAUUCGCUUUACGCAAUUACACGUAUAAGUACGACCGUUGCUCUAUGAUUUCCGAGGCCACUAUGUGGAUCAUAUAACGACUUUUACGACUAUUUUACGAAUUAUAUUAUACUUAUUAUUGCUCUUAUUAUCGAUAAGUUGUAUUAUUAUCUAUAUAGGUACGAUUAUCGAUUCGGCAGUGGUUAUUGUCGUAUAUCGUUAAGUGCGAAACAUGUGUAAUAGAUGCGAAAGCGGGAAACAGAUCUUUUUUGCAUUACACGGAGAACAUUUCUAGACUCUUUCGAUUCUCUUUCAUUUCGAGAAAAUGAAAAUCUCGGCGUCCGGUCUGGUUGUACCGUUUCUCUGCGAUUUGGUCGAUUGUCGCAAAUCGAACGCAUCGAAAAAAAGAAAAGAAAGAAAGAAAAAAGAAAACUUAACGAAACACAACGACGAACAGUAUUUUCUUCGGAUUACAGCUCCGGUUUAGUUUACGUAAGACUGCCUGAUUUUCAGUGUUUGCAUUUCAAGGAGACGUCCCGUCGAUACGUUAUCGUUCCGAGCGAAAAUAUAAGCGUUUUCAACCAUUGAAUUCACUGCCCAUCGCGCACUGCCAAGUUUCUCCAUGCGCUUAUACAAACAGACCUAUUCGACGUUCGAACGAGCCACAAACGAAACCGAUCGUUUGACGAUUCGUAGGUCUGGGAAGUCUGGGGUCACGCUCACUCUUGUACUUAAUUAACGCUCUCUUGUAUUUCGACUACUCUACAGGGCCCCAGGUUUCCUCUGUCGCGACAACUAAACCUAUGUAUCUCUCUAUUAUAUGUAUUGUAUUUAUUUAUAUUACGACGAACAAAUUAACUUUACGGGAAAUUGUACGUCAAUCUGUCCUAUGUGAUUUAGCAUAUUACACACAUAUAUAUAUAUAUAUUUUUUUUGUUCAUACGUAUGUAUGUAUCUUGAGUAUCAAGACUGUGCGUAUGUUUCUAUACUUCUCUUUGUACUUUAUUUCUUUUUCUUUUUUUUUUUUUGUACGUGCAGCAGCUGCAAUUUUCUCGAGACGUUAGAUUCCGCUGCUUUUAUUUUGCAUUUAAGUUUCUCAGUCGUACGGAACACGUAUGUUACGAGACACUCCGGAGAAACUUAUAAGCAUUACGAACCUCGAAGCCAUGUAAUAAUUUAAUUUUUGUAUACGCUAUAUGUUUCCAGUGUGCAUUUCAUGGAAAAAAAAGAAAAAAAAUGUUAGUUGCGAAUAAUUAGAUAACGAAUGAUAACAGAACGAACGAGCCUAGGCACCCGAUGAAUCUUUGAUUAUUUAUAUAUUCAUUCUGUUAUCAUUUUUACGAUACGCCUAGAACACGCAGUUUGUUUUUCUUAUAUGUAUUCAAGGUACUCGUAAGGAAUUAAAAGCGACUCUCUUGUAUAUUGAAUUUAAAAAAAGUACGCGUAUUGUAAGUAACGGGGGAUUAUUUUGCCGAGCAUUCUUAUUUGUUGAACGUACUUUGUUUUAUAUCAUUCGAAAAGUGUAAACGUAUCUUCGAGCGAGUCGGAUUACUUGAUGUAUAAUACAAGGCAGACUUCUUUUUCUUUCUCUUGUUUUCAUUGCAGAAAAAGAAGUAACGCUACACUUGACACCAUCUCGAAUAAAAUAAAAAUAAAUAUGCUGCCUGCUCGAAAUUGUUAACGACUCUUCGGAUAAGAACAUUACGUCUAACGCGACCACGUUCGAAACAAAGGGCAAACAAGGUGCGCGCUCUUGUGUAAGAAAUGAAUGUAUAAAAGGAACGAUGAAAACAGUGAUUAUAUUUACAAA